AGACAAAAGUGUUUUUGCGUUUGAUUCUCACUUGGAAACAGCUAUACUUACAAGGCACGUUGUUAUUAGCUCAAGUUCUUCAAAUUCGCAAAUCGAUGGCGACGCUGCAGAGAUUCAAGUUCCUAGCGACGCAGUGUGGAGUUGCACCGAGCCCGACACGAAGUCCAAGCCCGAGGACAAGUCCGUUGGUGCAAUUUCGUCGCAAGAAGACAACCUUAAAGAUGCUUCUGAGUCUUAUACCGCCUAGCCGCAGAGAGCAGCCGCUCAUUCAUCAUGGCCGCUCCUUGGCUGCUGACAAGGACGUAGCUGGACGCAAACUGCGAGACUUAUUCGUGACUUCGUCUCCCGUAGAGGAAGAAGAAGAGAAGGAGAGACCGAAAGGGAAGACAAAAGAAGAAGUUCUUGCAGCCAUGGCAGCUAAAUUGAACGCAGCUGCUAGUUCACAGGUGGAGAACAAUGCAGCACCGGUUUGGUUUAGAUUCAGCAAGCGGCUUCUCCAGCGAGCUUGGCGUCCUAAGCUUGGUACCAUUCCUGAGUAAUGUAUAACCAGUUUCUUGUCUUUCUUAUGUGACACUCAAAACUA